AUGUUUUCGACUGAGACUUGUUUUCUUGGCCGUUCAAGCGCCAGCCUUGUUUUAUUGUUGUUUGCGUGCGUCGGGAAUUUUGUCAAUUGUAGUUUCUACGACGAGAGAACUGGUAGCAGAUAUACAGAGGCCACUUUGAAUAUAACUGAAUGCGAUGGAUCUGCUAAGAAAUGCCGUGUACUGCCUUAUGAUGAUGAUCAAGCCAAGUUUGGCCAGCAUAGCCCAAAACAUAAAGCCAGAGGUUGGCUUUACUCGUUAAUGGAAACCAACGUCAAUGGUUGUAAAGAAUUUAACGUAAUGGUUGAUCGAAUCCCUUGGAUAGCCCUCAUCGAAAGAGGAGAGUGUAAUUUCGAGAAGAAGAUAAAUAAUGCCAAAAAGCACAACGCUACGGCUGUUAUAAUUUACGACAAUAAAAAUGGUGACGUUGUAACCAUGUCUCACGACGAAGCGAUUAACAUUGUGGCUGUAUCAGUGAAAAAGAGUCUUGGCCAAGCUCUCGCCCGGGCGCUAGUUAAUCGAACGAAAACAGUUUUUAUAGCUAUUUCGGUGGGAAAAGUGUAUGAAGAAACAUAUCAAGGAGUGAAUCCUACUUCUGUCUUGUUCGUGUCAGUCUCAUUUAUCGUGCUUAUGGUCAUUUCUCUCGCUUGGCUUGUCUUUUACUACGUGCAAAGGUUUCGCUACGUCCACGCACGCGACAAAACCGAGGUAAGCCAGACGAAAAAGAUUCGAAAAUAUGGAUUGGAAAACUAAAUAGCCAUUCCAUUGUAGUAGGUGUUGUAUUAGAAAGCAGUUAAUGUAAAUUCAUCAAGAUAGCACAUUUUAGUCAGCAUGUUUUGGUUUUUUAAUAUUCACAAGUUUCUGUCACUUGACACUUUGUUUAAUUGGUUUAUCAACCAUUCACGGACUGCAAAAACUUGAACAAAGCAAGUGUUUGUUGACUUGUAGUUCUGUGGUAUAUUUCCUCCUUCGGUCUUCGUAAUUAACGGGUUUGGAAUUCUGAAAGGUUUUGCGUCACGGAAAUUGCAUUCAAAACUAAUCACUCUACAUUGUUAUGAAACAAGUUGUAGCAAAAAACCCUACUGAACCGCCUUUGGUGGUCUGUGUGUUCAAGUUGAAUGAUCCCAUGGUUUUCCUUCUGUUUAGCUUACUUAAAACACUGUGAAGGCAAAUGUGAAAACUAAGGUGAUACCAGUGUUUGUUUUCAUUUGCCUCAGGGCCGUAGAUAUGGCAUUUUUUUGAAACCAACUUUUGCUCGAAAAAAUAUUGCAUGCUGCUUAUUAUGGAAGUUUGAGGUGUUUUAAACAGUGCAUCUCUCUGGUGGAAUGGCUUUUUUGUAGUAGCAUUAGUUGGUCUAAUUAAAGCUAGGGGAUUCUCAUUUACAAAUGUGUGGUUUACAACUUUGGUUAGGACAAGUUUUGACAUAGGAAAUUGCUUCAGUGUUAAAUUACGGCAGCUUUCAGAUAGGUUUCUGCUUGGUACACAUAAAGUUGUCAUGUUUGUAACAUGAUUUUUGCUUGUUGUGUAAUAACCUUAGUCUUUGUUGGUUCAAGUCACCUGUGAUUAUGUAAUGUAAAUUUUGGAUGUUCAUGCUUGAUGAAAAGUUUGUACACCGUGACUAAUUUGUCCUCUAGGAAAGUCAAAGCCUUGUGAAAGACUAAUACUAUUUUUUGCCAAGUUUCAUCUUUUUAAACAAUCGAAAACUUGAGAUGUGAGUGAAAUCCGGACAACCACAAAUCACAUAGACUUCUAUAUACACCUGUCUUUCCAAACAGCUGCAGGAAAGAAAGCUAGCAAACCUUUUAGGCUUGCAAAAGUGUACUUUUUUGCAUAAGACAGACACAGGCAACAGAUGCAAGUGUGUUGCUAGAGGUAGCCAUAAUUUGGAAAAUAUCUUUGAUGAUUGCUUUGUUGAUUGGCCUCAGCAUUGCCAACAAAUCACGUUCAUUACUAUUUUUCUCUACCUUUCCAAUCUACGACCUAACUGAACAUGGCGAUUGUUUUAUUUUGGCAGUAGAAGAAACUAUGGUAUUUUUCAGUUUUUGAGAUGCCUUUUUUAUGGUUGAAAGGCUCAUAAAAAAGGGAAAAAUCCCAGUGGUGUUGCUUCAAUGUUAAAUGUGGCUGUUAAUUAAAAAUUUUAAUUAAAAAAAUCUUUAAAAAGUGCAGGUGUUUAUUACAUGCUUAUUUGCUUUCCCUGAACAGACCCAUACAAUAUGUUAGUUUUUUUUUUAAAUAAAUGUUGUCUACUAGAUUUUUCUCUAGGUAACUUUCUUUUGGGACUUGUAUAUAAGUCGUUAAUGUAGUGAACCAAUAUUGAAACUAACUGGUGUUGUUAUAGGAACAAAAAAAACCAAACAAGUGUUGAUUUGAUUGUUGUUAUAUUAUUAGUUCACAAUUUAUGUGGUCAAAUGUUCCAUAUGUGAUCUUAUCUUUUUUUAACAGAAACGUUUAACUUCAGCUGCAAAGAAAGCCAUAGCCAAGCUUCCGACCCGCACAGUCAGCAAGAAGGUAAAAAAGUGGCUAUAUUUGUAUAAAAAAGAAAACUUUGUUAGCACAAGGAUCAAUGUAGAGGGUUUUUAGAUAUGAUUCUUGACCGAUAUCAUGUGUGUGGGAAAAUACUCUUGAUAUAUUAGCUUAAUGAGUUCUCAAAUCACAUUAAAUGCAUUUUGUUCCUAUCAAGUCGCUUAAUAUUGUUGAGUGUUUGUCCAGAUAAUUUGAUAUCUGAAUAAUAUAUGAAACUUGCUUUCUUUAUGUUUAGAAAAGAGGAACAUGACUUUGUUUCUAAAUGCUAAACCAGGCACUUUCAUUUAAUUCAGUAAAAAAUUAUCAUUAUCAGUUUUUGUGCAUCGUUAGUUUCAGUAGUGAAUUUGGUAAGAAAAUUCCCCUUCACAAACAUUUCUACUGUUGGAAAUAAUAAUUAUUGAAACUGUGCAACCUAAGCAUCAAUGUCCUAAAUGUUUUUGAUCACGAGGAUAAGUAAAAUUCUGUUAUGUUUAGUUUCAACUUUUGGUUUGGAACCCAUUCUGGAGACUGGUUUUAACACCUAAUUUUGAAAAAAAUAAUCAAAGUUUAAUUGCCACAGACAUAUGAAAGAGGAAUUGAAGUAAGUUAAUAUUUCUUUUUAUAGACAUCUGAGGUCACUGAUCAUAACCUAAGUGACAUGUUGGGUAAAAAUAGACUGUCUUCAUGUCUGUUCUAAGUUUUCCUUUUAGCCCAAUAAUAAAAGUAACAUUUCAAACCCUUACUAGAAAUUUUGACAUUGUUUAUGUCCACAUCAACGGAUCUCAUGUAAGUCAUCGACUUUUACCAUCUUCUUUUCUACUUCUUUCUAUAGAAACAGCUUUUAUUUGUAGCUUUUCUUCGAGUCAUUUUGACCUCUGCUAUCACAUAUUAUGUUUGUCUAUGCUUCAUUCUGUACUCUACGUCAGUUUUGAUCUCAGUUUUGAUACCCAAAGUUGAUUUUCAUGUUGGUUUUAACCCCAGAGGAACAAUCCCAGAGUCUUGUCUGAGUUAAAACUGGUGGCUAGUAGAAUGUCUCCAACAAUAAAUAAUGCUUCUCUUGAUUGUUACUUGAAUAACAACUACAGCAAUGGUAAAGUCACUAUUGCAACAGUGUAACAUAAGUAUCACCUCAGCCAUCACAAUAUUAACACAAUUAUUGCAAUAGUCAAAAUGAUCUUAGUAAUCACUCCAAGUCCUCUAAAACACAAAUUUACAAGAUUGUUGUAGAGAGUUUCGCUUUUAUGCAAGCGUUCCAUGAAAAUAUGAUAUGUCUUGUUUUGCUUUUAGACGGAAGAUGAUGAAUCAGACAACUGUGCAGUGUGUUUAGAUGGUUAUAAAGCAAGUGAUGUGGUCCGUAUAUUGCCCUGCCAGUAAGUAGAAUGGUUAUUAUAAUUUUGGAAAACAGUUCUAUUUCUUUGUGUCUUUAACCAUAAAGAUCUCAGCGUGUGUGAUCACCUGUAGUCAGACUGAUUCCUUUUUUUGAUAUAAAUGUAGAUCUGGCCCCAGUUGUUCAAAAUGUGGAUAAUGCUAUUCACUGGAUGAAUAAAUCUCUGUCCAGUGGAUAGUGCAAAAAAAAAUUAACGUAUGUCCUAAUACUUAUCUGCUGGAUAGUGAUUUAUCUGGCCCCAGUUGUUCAAAAGUUGGAUUGCGCUAUUCACUGGAUAAAUCACUAUCCAGUGGAUAGCGCAAUUGUUAUUUGUACUACUUAUCUGCUGGAUAGCGAUUUAUCCAGUGGAUAGCGCAAUUGUUAUUUUUACUACUUAUCCGCUGGAUAGCGAUUUAUCCAGUGGAUAGCGCAAUUGUUAUUUGUACUACUUAUCCGCUGGAUAGCGAUUUAUCCAGUGGAUAGCGCAAUUGUUAUUUGUACUACUUAUCCGCUGGAUAGCGAUUUAUCUAGUGGAUAGCGCUAUCCAUGUUUUGAACAACCAGGGCCUGGUGGAUAGUGAUAUCCAACAUUUGAGCAACUAGAGCCACCUAUUAUUUUCUUUUUUUGAAAAGCACUGUUGUUAGUUGGGCUUGUAACCCAUGAUAUUUAAUUUGCCGCAUUGUGUAUGUGAAAAACUAUUUUGAUAGUGUAAUGUUUCAAUUAGACCUGUUGGCUGUAGACUAUCAGUAUUCCCUCAUUUUUCCUCAGGGAUAGUAGAGCGUGCGAAACGUGAGCACACGUGAAAAUCAUCCCAUUUUCACGUGCGCUCUCGUUUCGCUCGCUCUACUAUCCCUGAGGAAAAAUGGGGGACUGCUCAUAGUCUAUGUUGGCUGUGUUCCAAUUAAAUGAGACUCAAGACAAAAUGCUGCAGACUGUGGAAUCCUGAUUUUUCAAAAACUGCAUUUACCAUAAGACACCUGAAAACGUGGUUAUGACUAAGAUGAAAGUUUAUUUUGUGCUCCAAAGCCUAAUGUUAGUAAAUAAAUUUUCAUACAUUUUCCAUACCUUCCUCUGCUUUUGAGCCAAUAUUCCAAACUGUUAUUGUUAUUGAAAGACCCCUUUUGCCCUGAGAUUCUUUUUCUUAACUUUCUUAAAGUAACUUCAAACUAUAUAUUGUGACAACUUUGAUUGUGCAUGGUUUGUAACUUUGUGAUGACAUGUACCUCUCUAGGCAUGAGUUUCACAAGCUGUGUAUUGAUCCAUGGUUGGUAGAGCACAGGACCUGUCCAAUGUGUAAACUCAACAUCUUAAAAGAAUUGGGAGUUGUGAGUAUUUGUAUAGUAGCAGUUAUUGGUGUUCUCAAAUAUUUACCUUUGUAGUUGUAGUUGUUUUAAAGGAAACAAAGGGAAAAUAUAAGCAAGAUGACAUUCUAACAGUUCUAUUCCUUGCCUACAAGUAAAUUGCUAUUGACCUGGCAACUUGAAAUCUUAUUGACAGCUCUGAGACUUAUUCCAAAUGGCACCCAGAGCUUUAUUUGGAGUCACAGACAACUUUUGGCAUAAAAUAAGCCAAGAAAUAACUCCUUUGUCUAUUAUUCCCAAUUCACGAUUUUCACAUAGACCAUAAUGCAUCUUGUUUGCCCUGGCCACAAAAUUUUGCGUAACCAUGGUUUCUAAUUUCUCCUGUGUAUUACUGUCGCCCCAAGAGAAAUCGAAAAAAAAAAGCACUUUAUUUGAGUGUCAAUGUAUUUAGCACAAAAGUGCUAAUUGGGGACAUUAUAUUAAGUCUCCUAAUGGAAACGGGACCGCCAUUUUAUGUGGUCAUCCGAGCCACGCCAAUAUCUAGUCACCUGCAGGGCAAAGGAAGUACCUUCAUUUCUCAGUUAAGAAAAGAAAGGAGGUGAGAAUAUAACUGCAGUGAAACCAUUUGGAACUGAAUUUCAUUUUGGCCUACAGCAUGUAUAUUAUUGAAAGGGCUUGAAUUUUGUUUUCAGUAAUUUAGUUCCCUUUUUCCCUCCUUUACCUUGGUAACCUUUAGACCAGUGACGAGGUUCGCAGCAGAGAUGUAGAGGUUGCUACUACUGAGCAGGAAGAUCAUCACACGGCUGCUGAUAACCAGGGUGUGGUGAUGAAUGAAAUUGAACCUUCAGUUAGUGAACGUAGGCCAAGUUCUGACACUUCAGGUAUGCACUGCUUUUAACCCUUUAGGUCUCAAGAGUGACCAACAUCAAUUUUCUCCUAACAACAUCAGCAGAUCAUCAAGUGUAAAGGUUAUGAGAACUACUAAAUUGAUUACCAAAGGGAGAAUGCUUUGAUCUUAAACCAACUUCUCUCAACUAUUUUUAAAUGGAAUGUAUGGAGAUAAAUGUGGAGAAUUUGUAAAUGGAUCUUGGGGCUAAAAAAGGUGAAUACAGUAGAGUCCCAUUGAGAUGUCCACUUUUAGGCCACAAAAAAAGCUGAUUGUUCUAACUGCAGUUAACACGGUGGUGAUAUAGGAUGGAUGACAGGAUGGUAUCAAAUCAGGUAGCUUAAUCCAAGUUUCACCCAUUCAUGUAAUGGGGAUCGAUUCAAGGCAUGUUAUUGGUAAUGUAUUUCAGGGGUGCAGAGGAAGUCAGUUUUACACCUUGCCCUUUGAGCAAGCUGUAGCUCAUUCUGUAGCUAGUAUCUACUAACCAGAGAGUUAAUUAAUUGCUUUAUUAAUUCAUUGUAAUAAUAAAGUAGUUAUUUCAUUUUGUGAGGUCAACUUAAAAAGCAAAUUUUAAUGCACAUGAAUUCACUAGGAAUUUUAACAAUUUGUCUUACAGUACUUCCGUAAUUUGAAUUCCCCCUCCAAAAAAUGUCUUGUUGCAUCUGGUUUGAACAUUUGUUCCAGUUGUUUCUGGAAUCCAAAAACUGUUAUUGAUGUGAUGGAUAGGAAGUUGACAUUCUGUCCUGUAUUGAGUGUAAAAGGCAGUGUUUAUUAAAAGCAGGAUCUUGGAGGUUAAAAGAAAAUAUUUUUGUUAAAAUUUGGAACCUCCAGUUGAAGCUUUCUUUAAUAUUACAGCCAGCUUCCUCUCAGUAGACUCCUUCCUGAAGUUAGUUCCUGCCAUUAUGACUCACAAAAAGGGCCAGCUCCAGUUGUGCCCAUCUUAAAAGAAGUACUACUUGCAGGUCAAGAAUUAAAGCCAUUCUCUUGAAACUAACAGCAGUAUUGCUUUAACAUGAUUCUUUUCAGAAAGCUCCAGUGUUUCUGGUGGGUCUGGCCGUGUGUUACAUGUCAGUGCAGAGGUCAAUUGGGAAAGAGAAGAUCAAUCAAGUUCAACGUCUAAUUUAGUUGAUCAUCCUAAUUUGCAAGCUUAGAAAUUUAUCAUUACAAUCAGUGCUUUCUUAUCAUGUACACAUGAGGUAUCUCAACCUCGUAAUGAGGCUUGUAAAUAGAUGUAUCGUAGGCUUUAAAUUUAAGAGUGGUUAUUGCUUGAGGCAAUGCAUUAUGGACAUGUGGAUUACACACCAGUUGCACUUUGUCUUUAGCUCCUUUAACCCUGUGCCCCCAAGUGUAAAACACAAAAUCAAAAUUAAGGAAACUGGCAGAUUUCAUUUUGCAAAAAUUAAUACAGUGAAAAAGAGACAAAUAGAACCAUGUGAAAGUACUGCAAGAGAGGUUUUCUUUGAAUGGUCACACCAUAGCAUUUCCUCCACAGACUCAAAGUUAGAGUUGUGUACAAAACAAGUAGAACAAUGUGAAAGUACUGUGAGAGAAGUUUCAUUUGAAUGGUCUCACUAAAGGAUUUCCUUCACAGACUCAAAAGUUAGAACUACGUAUGAAAUAAAUAGAACCAUGUGAAAGUACUGUGAGAAAGGUUCCAUUUGAAUGGUCACACCAGAAGAUUUCCUCCAAAGACUCAAAAGUUAGAAUUACUUACCAAAAAAAUAGAACCAUGUCACAAAAUGUGAAAGUACUGAGGAAACGUUCCAUUUGAAUGGUCGCACUAUAGGAUUUCCUCUACAGAAUCAAAAGUUUGAAUUGCAUACAAAACAAAAUUAAUAGAACCAUCUGAAAGUACUGUGAGAAAGGUUCCAUUUGAAUGGUCACGCCAUAAGAUUUCCUCCACAGACUCAAAAGUUAGAAUUACGUACAAAAUAAAAUAAUAGAACCAUGUGAAAGUACAGUGUGAGAGAUCUCAUUUGAACACCAUAGGUUUUUCUAAAAGUUAGAACUAAACUUCAUGUUUUCUUCAUUACUGAUCUUGGGGUGAGAGGGUUUGGUCAUCUCCCUCCAAGAAGGACUCCACUAGAAGGCAGGAAAAGCUGGUCCUUGAAAGAACUCCUGUUUACCAAAGCAUUUCAAGUUUGUUUACAAAUUUCUUUUUUGUCUGAAUGAAGACUUUUCGGUUUAGAACUAUGUAUAGUGCAGAAAUAUUUGGGCAUCAUUCCUUGCAACAUUUUCGUUGACUCAAUAGUUAAUUUUGCCUUAAAGAUUUUUGGUGCACUCAUUAAAAAAGAAAGUAUUCAAAACCCAAGAACUUUUUGCUCUUGCAAAGGGCACAAGGUUAAAACAUUUUCAAAUUCAUAUCCUGGUUAACAUGGUGAAGCUAUGCAUCUGAGAUUCACUUGAAUUACUUGAAAGGAGAUAAAAAAAUUAGUUGUUUCUUUUGAGGUAAUAUUAUAUAUUAGUGAUCUUUCCACACUCCUUUUUGCUACAAAAACCACUGAACUGUCCAAUGGAGGCAAUUCUGAAGAGUGCUUCUCUUCCCUCUUUUGACCCUGAUGAGUGAAUAGUCAUUUUUUUUACUGUUAUUAGAGGUGGGAAAAUAUAAUAGAAUGAAAUAAUUUUGGAGUUGUGAACCCUUAAGAAUAUGACAGUUUUUUUUCCUGGCCAAUGGGAGACGUGUUUUUUAAUGUUUUAAGUUAUUUCCUUUCUGGAUUGUGAAUAAUAUUAUUAUGCCUUUAGUUCAUCACUGGUGAGGAAUAUUUAAGUGUUGGCUUGCAAUUUUCUUCCAUUUUUUUUGCAUGAAAAUUAUGUUGAUGUAAUUUUAUGAGUUGAAAUGUGUUAAACUGUACAUGUUGAUAAUAAUAUUAUUAUGAUUAUUACAGCAAGCCUUAGUUUGACUACAUGUAGAUUGCAAGCAGUCUCUCAAUGUGAAGUGGUGCUUGUAGGAGGGCUGUCAGUAAAGAUGGGAAGCCGGGGAUUUUCCCUGAUGACUAUGAGCAUGAUCUCUGGCUACUGUCAUAGGAAACAAAAAGAAAUGCAGUGGAACCCCACUCUACAGACACCCGCUUAAUACGGAUAUCUUUUUAUAAUUUACAGUUUUGUUUGUUCCGACAAAGAAAAAGCUCAUAUAUUUUGUAUAAAAUUAACCUCCUUAAUACAGACACCCGGUUAAUGCGGACACUAUGCAUGUCCUGUGGUUCCAGUGUAGAACCAAUAGAACUUCCUAGCUGUUUCACUUCCUGCCUACUAAUCGCAUACCCUGGGGGAUGAAGUCUUAGUCACAGUCCAGUUGUAGAAUUGCCAAAAAGAGAGUCUGCUUGUAUUCUAUGGUAGAGACCAUUAUUUAGAGGAGUUCAGUAUCAUAGUAUUUAAGUGUUACAUUUUCUAGUUACAUUUUGUUGCAUUUUAGUCAUGAUUUUACCACUUUGUAUUGAAUCAGUAGGAUGUUAGUAUUCUCAGGAAUGAUUUGGUUACCUUGAGUUAUGAGACCUGUAGAUUGGAUGGCCUAAAAGCAAGCUCUCUAUUUGGGGUAGUCGCACAAAGUUAUGCGAGAGCCAGAAUGCAAAGGGAGACGCAAGUGCGAGGAGCGUGGAAAGAAGUUUUCCUCCUCCUUUGUUCGUGGCUUUGUAACUUGCUCACAUGUUUUCUCGCGGCUCGCUUCGCUCACUAUAAUUCAUAGAGCUUGCUUACAGGCUAUAGGUUGGACUGCAAGUAUCAGAUUGAGUUAAGUACGAAUUUUCAAACCAAUUUCAUGAGC